AUGGAUGGUCGUGUCGUUCGAGGCGUCCAGCGCGCCGCGCUCGAGCAAUGGUCCGACUUCAUAGCCAAGAGCCUUUCUCAUCGCAUAGACCCGGACAAAUUCGAGUCUUACGUACCUUUCCUUCAAGUCAAGCACCCGUUACCGCCUGUCGCCGUCGCCGACCUCUUCCUACGACCCCAGCCUCACAACCACGAGAGCCUCGAUCCUCGAGUCCCGCGCUACCUCCAAGUUCUUUCCGACCUGAACUAUAUUGACACGCCUUCGAUCCUCAAAGCCCUCUACAGAUACUCUACGUCCCGCGCGCACUCUCGAGACGCUGCGCAGCCCGCCAAUGGCGAAACGCAACGGUCAAACAUGCCGCGAUGGGGGAGCUCGUAUGCGGCGGAAGAGGUUAUGUUCUACAGACUUACCAAGUCUGUGGCGCAGGGAACGGCGAUACAGAACAUGGGAACCAGCCUCGAGAUAGCAAAUAUCAUGGCCAAGUGGAUCGCGCUCUUCACCGAUGCUGCGACAGCCUUCACGGUCGACGUCAUGGGCCAGCUUCACAACAGCCAAGUAAGAGAGGAGAUGGAAUCAGCCCGCGCCGCGUUCGUGGCACUUCUUCUGGGGGUGUGCGAGAAUCAAGUUGUUCUUAAAGCUUUGAGUAAACCCGAGGCUCAAGGUAGGCGCUCAUACGACGUGCGGCUCGUGAACUACCAGCUGAUUCGAUCAGACACCAGAAAAGCGCUAUCCGAGAGUCUUGCAAACUUUGUACCCACCAUAAUGCAGAGUGCUGGUCCCAUUGCGACCCGCCUCGACAUGUUCCGAACGAGCACACUAGCAGGUUUCGAGCCCGUCGACGAACAAAAGAACAAGUCAAAUGCUGAAAUCGAAGACCUCUUCGACUCAACUGUGGCGCUGGAGAACUUUGUGAUUUCCGAGUUGCCCAUUGUCAACUCAAGAGCGGGUCUAUACAUAUACCUGAACGCUGCGCUUGUCGGGCGGCCAUUGAUCGAUGAUCUUGCCAUAUUCAACUACUUGAACAACCGAUACCAGGGCGAUGUGCAAACGACGACGGUCGAUUUUAUCCUCGCCUCGUUUGACGUGCUGGCCAACGCCGCCUCACGGAACGAAGGCAACCAGGCCGCUCAUCUCUUGCGCUCUUUUCUGAUGAAUAAGUUGCCCAUCCUCAUCGAAAGCUUGAGCAAGCAUAUGUACGGCCCAGUGAACGCCGAAUAUUGCAUCACAGAAGCUCUUGGUCGUGUUGACACAACGACGUUCCCUACUUUGUCGUCAAUGUUCGAUGAGACUAGGAGCAACAACCCCUUUACGGAUUCUGUGCGGGAAGAGUUCUGUUGGGCAUGUUGCUUGCAUGGCCUGGUACGAGAAAGCAGCAUUGAGACUCUUCUCGGGGAGACCCCCUAUCAGUCACUGCCUGCUGGUGGCAGGUAUGUCAAGGAAAACCUGGUUGCAGAGUGUCUGGCAGACCCGGAACGAAUGCAGGCCUUGAUUAGCGAGCUGGAUAACAAGGACGGAAAUGCUGGCGCCGUAUGCCAGGCUUUGACCGAGGUAUUCAUUGUACUUGCCGCCUGUAAAUCCUAUCUGAUGCUGACCACAAGCAGGUAA